GCUUGGUGGUACGCGUGCGGUACGGAGGAACAGUUGAUGUUCGCGCGUCGAGGAAGACGCAACCGUUUGGCGUAGCGUUGGUGACUUUUGUGAUCGACAAUUUGUAGAGUGCUUUGAGGAUAUAAACUUUUUCGUGACCACCGGCGUUGAUUUGAACUAAAGGAAUACCAAUUUGGAUGAUAACUUAGCGAUAAACAAAAGUAGCACAACAUGAGUUCUUCGUUGAGGUUUCAGUUGCUGACUUGCCUGAUAGUGUACGUAUCUAGCGUGCACUCAAUCAAGGUCAAGUUCGGCACCAGUGAUGGGCCCAUCGAGCCGCUGAUACCGGACCCGCUGCCGCCGCCGCAGCCCGACCGAGUACCCGCGCCGGUCUGGGAAGACAGAGUAGAGGACACACCAGACCCUAACGCCCAAUGGAGACCUCAACUCUUCGUGCCUCAACCAAAAUACACCCAAAUAAUCUUCAAUAUACCCACAACCACCGAACAACCACUCAACAGUGCGCAACGAUUCGUCAAUUCCUACAAGCCUAGAUAUCAAACAAUCAACCGACAACCAGUCCAACAGUACUUCAAUCCUUCCCAAGUUCUCAGCUCUCAAAGGUUACCAGGCAUUGGUAUACGCUACUUUGUACCGGCAUAUAUCAACGAACUGCAGGCAAGAAAAGGAGAGAAGAGACAGGAAGAUGCUAAGCAUAAUGACAUUGAAACCAAUGAUAUUAGUGGACCAAAUGCAGAAUCAAGCAAUGAUCUUCUUUGGCAGUAUGAGAAGGAAUCAACAAAGCGAGCUCUUAGAAACACAUUAGAAGAUUCAGCCAGACCAGUAUACGCGUGGCCGGAGUAUGUGCAACCUAGGCAUUAAUAUUAGUAAUAUUAGAAUUAAACAUUUAAACACCAUGGUCGGUAGAUAGGUAUACUAUGUUAGAAAUAGGAACAAAACUUUCUAAAUUCUAAAUUUUAUCAAGUUACUGCCCUUAUCGAAUUUUCAUCGUAUUUUUAAGCUUGUAUAUAAAUUAUUUUACUAACAAAAUAACAGUUAUAAUUACGUUCCCGGAAUCGAAUUGACUUACUUGAUAAUAAUAUUUAUUUUUAAAGGCAAAAGUAUUUUCUAUAUAAAAUGGCAAAUAUUUGUAUGAUGUAGAUCUUGUGUCUUGCAUAUGCAUAACAAUAACAUACUAUCGUUUGGUUACUUAAAAGUAACUUUUUCAUAACUUCGUCACUUACGUAAUAACAUUUCCUCAGGACAGUGAAAACACCAUCGAUAAUAAUAUUAUAAUAAUAAAAUCGAUUUUAAAACGAGUUAGUAUUAAAGAAUUAAAAAAAAAUCAAUUAUAAUUAAAAUAAUAACAAGACACAUUCUUUUUUGCACUGAAUAAUAUUAUAAUAAAAAUUCUUAAAUAUUAAACUCGAUUAGUUAUUUACCGAUUUAGCACAUUAUAAUGAUGAGUUGUUACGUAAGUCUAAUAUUCUGAUUUUAUACUACAAAUUAAUGGUCAAUUAACGUGAUGGUCAGUAAAUAUCCUUGAUAUUAACUGUUAAGAACUAACAACUGUGGUGUUUUAGAUAGUUGUAGCGUAAGUUAAAAGUGCCAGAUGUUAUAAGAUACUUACGUGGAAUUUAUAUAUCGUUAUAACAUUACCCUGAUCGAAUUUAUUUAAAUAUAUUUAUUUUAUUUGCCGGUUUAUAUUAUGUACCUUAGAGAGACUCGAUAAAAUGACUUUAUUUUUCAGUAUUUGAGGACUGAAUGAAUCACCGAUUGGAACACAUACAUUAUCUUUUUGUUCUUUCAACUAAUAAAAUUACGUAGGUAGUACAAUGCUUCGUAGUACAAUCCACUUUUCAACAUUUUCUCUGUAUGGACUAUCGUACCUUAAAUGAAUAAUAUCGUUCUUGUAAAUGGAUGCGAUUAGACAUCUUUCUAGAUUCGAAAAAAUUGCGGAAAAUAGUGUUGAAAUAUAAAAACCUUCAAAUGUUUACGACUUCGUCAGUGUAAAGUAACAUUGUACCAACCUUUCAUUUGCUUCGUACCGGAUAAGUUUUUUUAAUAUUAAAUAUUACUGUAGUCCUUGUUGCAACUGACCCAUUUUGAUGAAAUUUCCCCGGAUUUUCAAUUAUGUGGUUAACCAAAUUGCUUUAAAAAACGCGCUAAUUCUAAAAUAAUAGUAGUGUUUGAAGAAAAGUAAAACCAAAAUUGUUUAGAAGACCGAAAAUGUAAUAGGUAUGUCUUGUUAAACAAAUGCACAAUAAUCUAUUGCGCUUGUACUGAACAAAUACUACAUGUACUUUAAGAAAUAUCUUUACAACAAAUGAUCGCACUUUGCUGGAAUGAUAAUAUCAAUAUUUCACUGCCAGUCGCUAAAAUAAAUGCAAUAAGUAGCAUAAGUUGUUUCGUUACAACUAUUAGCACUAACACUGUGACACAUGUGACAACAACUUUUUGAAAUGACUUCCAAGAUGAUGUGGUAAAUUAUUUACUGUGCGCUUGAUGUAUUGACCAUGUUCAUGACCAUACUGUUUGCGCACUACUGUAUUUCUACUAUUAUAAAAUUGUAAUUGAAAAUUGACUAUGCUUUAUUGAUUGAUUGAAAUACAGCUGGUCAGUUUUAAAUAGAACAAUCAAAAUCGAUUCACUGGAACCUGAGAAGGGUAAUGUUAACCUUGAAAAUCACGCGAGUGAACCAUGAAGCCUAGGUUUCGAUUUGUAUAAAAAUGUAGUGUUUUAUGAUAGUUUCAAACUAACUAUAUUGAAUGUGGUUUCCAUGUAGUAUUUCUAAUUAAAAUGGUUAUUCAUAUACGAUCAACUACAAUGUCUUAUUAAUGCAAUAAUAAAAAUAAUACAUUCACUUAUAUUUUUAGGUAUCAUUACCUAAAAAUUAAGGUGAAUAUAAUAUCAUAUUCAAGCUACUAAAAUAAGUAUAGUAAUUGCUUCAAUAUAUUUAGAUAUUUUUUGUAAAUUUUUCAUAUUUCGUAAAUAAAAAGCAUAAUUGAAUGUUUUGCUGUUCAGUGUUUUAAAACAACAUUAUUUCAAGCAAAGCAUUUGUUACCAAACAUAUAAAAUUACCAGUAUCAGUAGUGCGUUUUCACCCUAGUAAGGUGUCCUCAUUCUGAACACGGUCAAUUGAAUUACGGCAAUUUGAUGUAGCUAUUGAAAAACGUGGACAUUUAUUUU